AUGGGUCAAACCCAGGGCAUUGAAGAAGGUACCCCUCCCAUCACUCCGCCUGAAGUGGAAGUCAACCGACGACGGCAGGACUACUUGCACCGCCUUGGCAUCAAGAAGGAUCAAGAGAGCUAUGCUGCCUUCCAUCCUCCCACAAAAGCUGCCGCGGAGGCACCCGACCGACUCGAACAUCGAAAAGCCAUCACUGAAGCAGGAGAGGGUGACUUUGAGAUGAACACCCUCGACCUCCAAAGUCAGGAUGAUUUUCGGGUCACCUACCUGCGGAAGCUGGCGUAUUCGAACGUGUGGGUACCAAAGGCGCAGAAGUCCCCGCAGCAUCAGACGGUGAUCAUUUUCGAUUGGGAUGACACCUUGCUCUGCACGUCCUUCCUCAACCUCCGCAAUCAGGAGUCGAUGCUCUCGCCCACCAUCGAGCGGAACCUCAGGGACAUUGAAGCGGCGUCCAAGAAGCUUCUGGAGCUGGCCAAACGGAUGGGCCAAACCUUUAUCAUCACCAAUGCCAUGAGCGGCUGGGUGGAAUACAGCGCAGCCAAAUGGGCACCGAAUCUGCUCGACACUCUUCAACGCGUCCGGGUGAUUUCAGCUCGAACAAAGUUUGAGCCCGAAUUUCCGGGAGAGGUGAGUAAGUGGAAGGAGAGUGCCUUUCUUGAGGUGCAAAAGCAGCUGGAUAACGAGAUCAUCACCAACUUGAUCUCUGUAGGGGAUUCCAACUUCGAGAUGGAUGCCUUGCACGUCAUGGGCAAGCAGUUCGCACAGGCCUUGGUGAAGACCAUCAAAUUCCGAGAGAAUCCAUCUCCAGAGGAGCUCUUGAAGCAGCUCGAGCUGGUGACGCAGAAGUUUGAAAAGAUCGUGGAGAAUGAGGUGCGGACCUGGAUCCAGCGUUGGGAGGAGUUCAUCUUCAUGUGGGUCUUGACCAGCGGAUUGGCGCAAAUCGGGUGGGAGCUUCCCUUCGUGCUCUGGAAGGUGCGGUACUUGCAACCCAUUAAGUCAGACAAGUUCUUGCAGCCCGACGAGUUGUGGGCCUGGCCCUUUUGGAUGUACGCCAGUGGAGACACCCGUUACAUGCGUCAGCACUCUUCGUCCCACGCGACCGAGACGAUGUUGGUGCUGUCGGGUCCAUUUGAACUUUGGGCUGUUUGGGCGCUGAAGCGACGGAUGCACUACAAGACGGCGAUGCUGAUCUCGGCGCUGACACAUUGGGGCUUCUUCUGGGCGAACACUUCGGUGAUCUACAUCGCCGAGAUCUACGACAACUACGAGAACGUGGCGGAUGGCCCAUGGGUGGGCUACUGGGUCAAAUGGGCUGGCCUCAAUCUCCAAUGGCCACUCAGCUGGGGACGAAGCUGGGUUCACGACUCGUUGGCCGAAGGAUCCUUCGGCCGGCGUCACAGUCACACUGCUCACACUGCCGGGCGCAGCGGGCCGCGAUGGGUUUGGCCCAAAAGGGCCCAGAAACGGGUGCACCGAUGCGGACGGAUUCAAGAACGGGACUACAGGAUCCGUCUGUCUUGAGCCCGAUCUGCACUUUCGCAGCUCUGUGGCUUUUGUGCGGAAAGGUGCGAGAGGAGGCGAUCAAGUCAUUGAAGAAGGAGUAAGGCCUCAAGUCGGGGCAGAUAGACCCACUCCCUUCAGCAGUCCUGUGACAUGGACUGACCACAAGGGUGCGGGCGACGGCACGACGCAAAGGCGGCCCACUUUGAGUGAGUUUGGCCUUCGGUGAGGUUGGAUGGUCUGACGCAAAGGCAUCUGGGCGCUAGGUCCGGUGUUUUCGCUUCAGCGGCUUCCGCCGACCCAUUUUGGCGCGAACGAGGCG